GGAUGGUCGAGCUGGGCUGCUCUGGCGACCUGCGCGUGUGGCUUGUGGAGAGCGCCGUCUCCUGGCCCCGUCGGUGUCGGCGCUCCUCUCUCCUUUUGCUUCCACCCACCGCAUCUUGCCUCUGCCUCCACACCACAACCUCUGCAGCAGGCGCCCAAUGCGAUCAUGGCCUCGUCCUCGUGGUCAAGCGACUCGGCCUACAUCGACAAGUCCAUUGAGGCUGCCGUGAACUUGGCCUCCAAGGAGUUCAUCAAGGGCUUCAUCGCCGGCCAGAUCAUCCUCUGCAUCUUGAUCUUCUUCCUGCUCAAGGUGUUCCUGCUGCGGAGUGGCGGCGAGACCAAGAUCGAGAUCGCCAAAAGGAGGCGCAAUCGCAGACGCUUCCAGUCCAAACUCGCGGCCUCUGCCAAUCCAAACAUCUACGAGGCUCAGAUCGUCUCCAAGACCCAGUACGACAUCAAUUCCCAGCCGAGCGAAACCCUCAAGUGGCUGAAUGUCAUCCUGGCCCAGAUCAUAUCAAAGUAUCGCAGCGACAAAGAGUUCAACGAUCGAAUCAUAUCGCUCAUCGACGAAGCCAUCAACGGGCCAUCGGACCAAACGGACUCGUCUCGCAGGCCCAGCUUCCUAGGCCAUGUUGCUAUUACCGAGUUUUCGCUCGGUGAGCAAUACCCCAUCUUCAAGGAUGCCAAGAUCCGAUACGUCGAGUAUACAACAAAUCUGCGUGCCGAGAUAGGCUUUGAGUACAACGACCAGAUCACCAUCGGCAUCGACACACAAGUCCUCAUCAACUGGCCCAAAGCCUAUACUGCGUCGCUGCCUGUUUCUCUGUCUUUGUCGAUUGUCAAGUUUUCUGGAACGCUUGCCCUCGAGUUCGUCACACUCCCAGACAACUCGCAAACCUAUCUGUCGAUAUCUAUCUUGGAGGACUUUAUGCUUGAGUUUGAAGUCCGCUCGCUGCUUGGACAUCGCACCAAGGUUAAGGACCUGCCCAAGCUAACGUCGAUCAUCACCUCCAAGCUACAAUCGGUCUUCAUCGAAACGAUCGUCUAUCCAUGCUUCCACAAGGUCUAUCUGCCAACGAUUCCCAAGCCUGCGGCUCCGCCAAAGGAGAAGGACCCAGCUCCUGCCGAGGACAGCAUCCCGAAGGAAACCGAUGGCCUCUGGAACAGACGGCGUGAGGCCGAUCCUGAGAGUUCGAGCGACGAAGCCUCAGCAGCUCAAUUGGGCUGAGCCGGCGACGCAUUCCGAGAUUCAACCCUUCGAGGGAUACUGGGCAUCUCGAGGUCCCAGGCCCUAACGACGCCGCUGCACCUGCUGUGUUUACAACCGACGGCGAUAUCGCCAUGAUCCUGAAUAUAUUGAUGAGCGGGACAUAUUCACACACGAAU